UUGCACGGGCUCUCGGUCCAUGAAGCCCAAUCGCACUCAAUGUGCCCACUUUUAGAUCUGAAAGAAGUCAGUCCAAUGGCGCAGCAGCACGUGGCGGUUGAUCCAGAUCUUUUGCAUUUCGCUGUAGUAAUAUUGGCAAACCUAAAGGGCAUUUGCGGAAUUCAACGCUUCAGUGGCGUCUACAUAAGCAGCGUUUGAUCUAGGGUUUCUUUAAUGCACCUUUUUCCUUUUCUUGUUUUUUCUCCUAUUUUGGUUGCAGAUUCUAUAUUUUUCCACAGAGGUGAUGUGAAAUCUAACUUCUGGAUUUCAAUGUGAGCAAAUUUUACAAGUUCGAAGUGAAAUAGUUAAUCAAUCAUGGUCAAGGGAAGCACGUUGCCUUUCAAAGUUGGACAGUUAGCUGAGGCAAGGACUUUUGAGAAGGGUAUCUUGGUGCAUGGUUUCGAUGCAAGAAAAAGAGUGGGUGAAGCUAUACGAGGUACCCAUUCAUUGCAGUGGAAAGCUGAAAAAGGAACAAAGAAUAUUGAUGUUAAGGCCGCCAUACCCACCUGUGUACCAUGAAAACCAAAUGCCUAAUGUCAGUGAUAUUUCAGAAGUGAUGGUAAUUUUGGAUGAUGCGUGGAAGGUGGGAAAUUUGGUUGAUGGGUUGGAUACUGGUUGCUACUGGUCCGGAAGAAUAAUAGAGUUAUCAGGGGAUGGCAAGGCUAAGAUUAAGUCGCCACCACCACCUAUGGGUGAAGGCUUAACUUAUGAAUUUUCUCUUGAGGAUCUACGCCCUUCUUUGGACUGGUCUCCAGAAUAUGGUUGGACUGUGCUUACUCUGGGUGGUGAAACUGAUCAGCCUUGUGCUCGGCUUGUUAAACCUGGAGAUCAGGGUCACGAAACAGAGGCUGGUAAGGUGAAAGCUGCAUCAUCACCCAACAUAUCCCCCUCUUCUUGUAGUUCAGUCAAAACUUUAGAAGAUUCAGAAGAUAAGGGCAACGGAACAAGGGAGUUACAUGAACUAUAUUUGAGAAACACUGUUCCGACAAAGGUGAUGGACGCUCGAGAAACAAAUUUCAUCUUAGCUGGUGGGGGCAGUAGUACAAGGAAAACACAUUCAUCUGAUACUAAUUCUACUUCACAUAUUAGAGCGAUUCUAGCUGAACCUACAACUGAAGUUGCCGAGGGGCACCCUCAUCAACUGAAGAAGUACAGAGCUAGCGGAGGGAUGACCUUAAAUUCCAUGCGCUCCCACAAAUUGGAGGCAGGAAUAUUGGACUUGGAGGAACUUGUUAACAAAGUCAAAUGGCUCAAGUCAAUUUUAGAAUGUGGGAUCCCUUUGUCCAAUGCUGCAAAGCCUCAAUGGAAAGUUAUGGAACACAUUGCUUCCUCAUCAAUGUCAAAAUAAAUGCACUGGAAAUGUAAGAUUUCACACCUCUGGUUUUAUAGAUAAGGUUGCCACAAGGUUUUGGAUAUGCAUGUUUAGCAGCUGUGUUUUGUGAGAUGUCUUGAAAAUCACGGCAAUAUGGAGUACUGAUAUGAUUAGUAAGGGUGCUUUCUCGCCUGUUCUCUUUAGUAUUUUCAAAAUUUUGUACUUUCAUCUUGAGGAACACGGUUCUCUAAUAUGAAGUGUUUGAUGAAUGUCCAUAGUUUCAACUGUCUUGGAAUUGUUGCUUGUGAGAUGCUUUCGAUCUGCUGCAGCAACUGAUGGCUUAUUUGCCUUGUUUGGUCCCCUGUCAAAUUCUUUCCCACAGUUAUAUCACAGUUCUUGCUGCCUUAUGGCGGUAUACGUAUGUACUAUACUGUAGUCUCUUUAUUUGUAAAGGCCAAGUUGAUGUUGAAGUUUCUACUCCAUUUUACUUGCUCCCACAAAGUUGUACAGUCUUGCCUUGUUGAAUUUUAAGAGGAUAUUCGUACUGUUUCUCUGUUUCUGUAAGCCAAUCUCUCUGGAGAUUUUGAUGAAAAGUAGCUGCCAGACUACAGAAUUAUGAAAUGGAAUAUUUCAUGGAAUUAAUCUACAGGUACAAUCUUUGUGU